GCUACACUCACACCCGGCCAUACCCAUACCCAUGUGAAGUGAUGAUAAGACGCAGUACCUAGACAUAUGUACAUAAAUGUAGGAGUGUGGUGUGUGUGGACUGUAGUGUUCGUUCGAUAAGAAGUGAUUAAUAUUGUGGAUUACGUUUGUCGUUAUCACUAACUCAAAAGUUCUAUUUUUUGUAAAAUAAGAUUUGUGACGGUCGAAUUUAAAUUCAAAUAUUUUUGAACGUGUUUGUACGAGUACCUAGACCUACCGUCAACAUGAGUGUGGCCGAUGUGACUGACACGGCCGAUGUGGUUGACAUGACCGAUGUGGUUGACAUGACCGAUGUGGUUGACAUGACCGAUGUGGUUGACAUGACCGAGUUCCCUGAGAACGAAUAUUAUUCGGUAGACCGCAUAAUCGGUAAACGUGUACGUAAAGGCGUUGUUUACUAUUUAGUCAAAUGGCAGGGUUACGAUGAAAGCAAGAGUACCUGGGAACCAAUGGAGAAUUGUGAGGAAGCGAUGUCCUCAAUUUUGGAGUAUGAAGAGGAACUGUCCGUCAAAAGUUGUCCUUCUGAGCAAAUUGAAAUUGUUGGAAUCGAACCAUCAGGCUCACCUGACGGAGGCAUUACUGUGCUAGUGAAAACUAAAGUUGCAGAUAGAGUUUUCAAGUUUAGUAACAAAGAAGUUGCAGAAAGAUGGCCUAAUUUAUAUGUUGACUUUUUAGAAAACCAUAUAAGGUUUUGGAGAAGAUCCAGUGCAUGAUUAAUCAAAUGUCGUAAACGUCAAGAAAAUAUUGUGUUCAGUUUUUAUUUAUAUUUUAUUUUGUAACUGUUUGCUAUAUAAUUUUUUCAAGUGUUGAUUAGUUAGUAGAUAUUAAGUACAUUUUGUUAUCUUGUUGUA